AUGCCGAGCAAGCGGCAAGUCCCGCCUCGACCCAACUUUUGCCAAAUCAUACGACUCUCAUUUGGCAUCACGUACCAUCCUCGCCCUUUCUCGCAUUCAAUCCAAACAAUGUCGAAAACACCGAAGGAUUCGACACGCUUCACUGCGACGGGCGUUUGGGCGCAUACAAGACCUGGCGGCCGGGCGACGACGCUCCAAUUCGCGGACCCAGCACCCAAGAAUGAAACGCCACAGCAGAAAGUCAAGCGAUUGAGAGAAGCAGCAAAUCGAGCGAAGCUGGCACAGGUUACGAAAUGGGAUUACAUGUAUCUUUAUGGACGAACGGCUGCGGAUGCACUGCACAGAGCCGCAGUUUAUGGCAUAGUCUUCGCUACCGGCUGUGUGGGUGUGCUUGCAGUUUUUUCAAUAGGAGACAUGGUUGUUUACAAUCGCCGGAAACGUGCCAUCUUUUUCGAGGACCAGGAACGGGAACAGGCCAAGAUUCUGGCGACCGCACGUCAAAGCGUUUUGCAAGGCACCGCAACGCCCGCGCAAACCGCGCUUGUCGAGGGCAUUGCGGAAGAGGAGCUAUUGAUGGAACAGAAGAAGGCAGAGCGCAAGACUCCAUCGAGAUUGCUGUGGUGGCUGCAUGGUGAAUGGAAGGAGGAGAAUGUUUUGACAGAGCAGAGAAAACUUGCGGCCGCGGAGUUCAAACAAGAGGAGGCACAGAGCACCAACCAAGGCAUGGGCAUCACUCAAGCAGUCCAGGAGGCCCGAUCGAACACACCUGAGGCCGUUGUCGGUGGACCUCUCGAUCAGCAAGCUCAGAAGGCUGCCAAAUUUGCGGACAAUGCAGCAAAAGGUGUUAGCAGUAGCUGGUUUGGCUGGGGAUCAGGUGGAUCCAAAAAGGAGUGA